AUAGAUUAGAGAUGCAUCAGCGUUCUUCUGAGCGAAUAGAAGUUGUGGUAGAUAUCUAUGAGAGUGCAGACGCUGUUAGAGGUCAUGACCCUGAUGCAGAGAAGAAAAGCAGUGACACAAAGAGAGACCUAGACACAGAUCCACACACAGGAGGAGACACUGCAUGGAGCAGAUGUUACAGAGUGACUGCUGUGUGUGUGCUGCUGCUGUGUGUUCUCCUGCUGACUGCCAUCACAGUGCUGUGGAUCAAAUUCAUCAACCUGACUAAAGAGAGAGACCAGUUACAGAAGGAUAGAGAGGAACUCCAGAGGCUUUCUAAACUAGCGAGAGACAUUAAAGGUGUAUGGAUCUACUUCAACUCCAGUCUUUACUACAACUCUACUGAGAAGAAGAACUGGACUGAGAGCAGACGGGACUGCAGAGAGAGAGGAGCAGACCUGGUGAUCAUAAACAGCAGAGAGGAACAGGAGUUCAUCAAUAAAACUCUGCUCAGUGCAACAGCUUGGAUUGGUCUGAGUGACAGAGACACUGAGGGGGUGUGGAAAUGGGUGGACGGUACAGAACUGACCAACGGCACUGGGUACUGGAGCCAGAGGGAACCCAAUGAUCAUGGAGGAAAAGAGGACUGCGCUAUAACUGGCUACAUUCCACAAGGUGGAACAAUAGAUUUCCUAAAUACAUGGAAUGAUGGUGAAUGCUGUGAGCCUUAUGGCUGGAUAUGUGAAAAGAAAUUUUUUAUUUAGAUGGAAGAUUUUAACAGAGGGUAGCUUGGCUAAACUUAACAUGUCAAUGAAUUAUAUUUUAACUUCUUGAACCUCUUGAAAAUAUAUUUCUUUUGCUCAAAAGCCCGCAUCCAAAUAAAAUGUUUUAUGCAUUGUGUUUUUUUUAACCUUUGUUUAAAAAAUAAACACAAUUUAUAGUUUAUUUGCCGAAUCGACAUGUGAAUUUAACGAGAUCGACUUGGUAGGUAACUCCUUCUAAACACUAAGAAGUAAUUCUGUGGUUCAGUGGGUAAUGAAUCUACCUCACAGCUCGAGGGUCUUUGGUUUGAUCCUCAGCUCAGGUUACUGUCUGUGUGGAGUUUUACAUGUUUCCUCAGGGUUCUCAGGUUUCCUCCCAA